AUGGUAGGUGCCGUCACACGAUCUCAAAGCUCACAAGCUUCGCCGACCAACAUAACCUCCGAAGCAACUUAUCCACCAUCACCAGAAACGACUUCUGUCCAAACUGCAUCCGCACAGGGUUCCCAGGAACCACCGGAAUCCACGCAUACCCAUCAAAUCAACGAGAAUCCAUUCGAAGCUCUCAAAGAACAGCAACGAAGACUCGAAGGAAAUCUCCUACAAAUACAAACAGAAGUCAGCGAAAACAUACCAGGUAACAUGUCAACCACGCCGGUUAACCUCAAACUGCCACCCUUUUGGAAGGCCAAUCCAGCAAUCUGGUUCGGUUUAAUCGAGAACAGCUUUCAACUCAACGGAAUUACCGACGAUACAAUUCAAUAUCGCCACGUUCUUCUGCACCUCGACAAUGACACCUUGCCAGCUGUGUCAGAUCUGCUGAGCACACCGCCAGCUGAAAGCAAGUAUGUGACUAUAAAAAACAGAAUACUCACCAUGUAUGCUGAAACUGCAGAAACUAAACUACGACGUUUGCUCAGAGGCAUUGAAUUCACAAACGAAAAACCAUCGAUGAUCCUGCAACAAAUAAAAAACCAAGCCGGUGGACAGCUCAACGACCCAGCGCUGCGCACAUUAUUCUUUGAACAUCUCCCUGAGCAUGUGCGAGCCAUCCUCGCCAUCAACGAGGAUCAAGAUUUGACCAAAGUGGCAGCACAGGCCGACAAAAUCGUUGAAGUUGCAAACAAUUUUGCAACGCCAACUACAAGUUUCAACACCAACUCGCAGGUGAUGGCUGCGAGUCAUCAAGACCUCGCCAAACCCAAAGCGAAAGAAAAACAAAGCAUGCAAGACCAAAUAGACAAACUUUCGGCCCAAAUGAAAGAAAUUGCUAGCACGCUCAACAAGCUGGUGCAACAAAACGGGAACAGAUCGAGAUCAAGAUCAAAAUCUCGUGCUCGAAUCCCAGCAAACAGUCCUACCUGUUAUUAUCAUCAAAAAUUCGGUGACAACGCCCGACGAUGCCAAGCGCCAUGUGACUUCAAGACAAAAAAUUCUCCUUCAACUUCUCAAGCGGAAAACUAA